AUGCUGCUUGUGCUUGCUGUCACAUGGCAUUUAGUGAUGAUCUGGGCCGGCAACAGAAGUCAGUCGCGUCCGCUGGUCCUUGCCGGCAUAGGCAUGGGUCAAGUCGUAACCUUUGCACAGCUGUUGCUCGUCAUCAGGCAGUUCGGGGUGAAGUGGGGCGAGCCCUUCCUGACAUUGCUGAAGAUGCUGGAUGUUGUUGCCUUUGAUGUGCUGCUCAGUUCCCUCAGCUCCAUCAAAUGCUUUGCGGAGGUUCCCACGCUAUCACUUUUCGUCAUACAGUCGUUUGCCCUCCCGUGUUGCCUGGUUGUAGUGUUGGCUGUGACCCAUGUCGUGUACAGCAAAGUGCGAAGGUCAGGCGGGAAGGAGGUACCCCUUCGCCUGUUUGGACGUUCCUUGGGAUUUCUAGCAGUGCUCUUCUUUAUUGCAGCUUGUUCGCUGCUACUCCGACCUUUUCGAUGCAAGGGGCAUCCGAAUGGCCUGUACACCAUCGAUGACUACCCCGAUGUUUUCUGUGACGGACAAGGAACUCAUCUGCAGAUGUGCUUGUACGCGGCAUUUGCCCUUUUGGCACCCUUAUCCUUCCUGUCGGUGUGUGCCUGGGUGAUUGUGAUCGAGUUCCCUCGGAAGGUAAGGGCUGCGGAUGCCAACUUUGUACGAGCCUGGUCGUUCUUGGCUAUGCGUUUUCGACCUGGAGCUCAAGGUUUUGCGGUUGUCUUCUUGUUCCGCAACUUGAUGAUCGUGCUUUGCCCUUUACUGCCCUCGGAGACGGCGCGGAUGCUGAGCAUGAACCUUAUCCUUUACCUCAGCUUGUGUUGCUCUGCUUAUGCAAAGCCGUGGCGUGUUCGUUUGAGCACCCACCUGGACCUCUUGAUGCAUGGGGGGGCGCUCACCAUCCUGGACAUCGGCGCCCUUUUCGUCCCUUCUGCAGACAGCUUCAGCUCCAUGCUGGCAUGCGUGGUGAUUGCCGUGCUUGUUGCCACGUUGCUUUUGCUCGCGAGUUUGUAUGGUCUUGUGAGGCACCUCAUUGCCAAGAAACACAAGCGCUACUCAUUCUUUCUCUGCCAUCACAAGCAGGCAGCAGGCAGUUUGGCCCGCCUGCUGAAAAUUGAGCUUCAGCAUCGUGCAUCGAAGUUCAAGACCUUCAUUGAUUCAGACGACCUCAAGGACCUCUCGAAGCUCUUCAACCACGUGGCUCACGAUGUGGAGAAAGUGGUCAUUCUCGGAAGCCCUGCAGUUUUAUCGCGGAAGUGGUGUGUUGGUGAAAUGGUGACAGCAAGGCAGCAAAGUGUACCCAGCCUGCUCAUCACACUUCCAGGUUUCUCCAUGCCCGACGAGUCCUUCAGACGGCACUACGCUAAUGCCGUGGGUGACAUCAGAGACUUGUCCAGCUUGGGAAUCGGGCUUCCAGAGGUUAACGAUACGUUGAAGUGGCUCUGGACACUCGAAACGUUGGAACUGAAUGUUGUCAGUGCCGAGGGUAUCGAUGAGGUCGUGGCAAGCCUUACCCAAACCACAGGCACCAGCAUUUGUCAGGGCUCCAAGGACCAGGACGUGGAUGGAGUGAUCCUCGCGGACCCCGAUGACAUGGAAGCGGUCGCGACGGCCUUGGUCUUGUACGACCUGCUGGCCCCGCUUCUAAUAGGCUCCUCAAGUCUCAAGCUUGCAGUUCUAACAAGGACUGAGCCAAUUCCAGUUGAUUCGGUCUGUGCAGUCCUCAUUUGCAGUGAUGGCGGCCUUGCUUCCAAGCAGAUCGCCGAGUGGCUGACGCAGGCAAGUUAUUUGACUUACUGCGCGGUUCUGCCAAUUCUGGUUACAGACGACUUCCAGUUUCCAUCUUUGUCCUCCUUUCGGGAGAUCGCGAGCACUGGCAUCGAAAAUGGCGACACGGCUUCCUACUUCCGGAUCAUAAAGGCAGUUUUCCAGGAAGUGGCGCUCUUGUUCACCCCUCACUCGUCCUCGGCAAUGGAGCUGGACCUACGCGUCGCGCAGAUUGCGCAGCGGCUGCAAGACGGGGACUCUCAGCCCCUGGCUGCACGCUGUGCCUCCAUCCUCUUUGAGAAGGACCCCGGGCAGGGACAU